AAAGGCUAACAAAAUAAUUUUCUUUCGCCUUACGCCAAGGGUAAGGGGUGUGCAUAGGAGGUCAAAUUAAAUUUGCUGAAUGCUUUCUUAUUUAAAGUACCUACUGUAAUCUGUUCCUGUAACUAUUGUCUUUUAUACGUUUGGAUACGUUCCACCGCAACAACCAACGCUCCUCAUAUCAAAUACAAGAUGCUUCCCACAGUGACUGGACCAGGGGCUCUGGCCUUUGCCGUGCAGUUGAAGGCUCUGACUGACCAGGAGUUCAGGUACCAGCCCAAGCUGAGCGGGCUGAGGAUCAUUGAGACGGCCCAUGACAACGGCCUGAGGAUGACCGCCCGGCUCAGGGAGUACGAGGUGAGGGACCUCCUGUCUCUGACCAGGUUCUUUGGCUUCAGCGCAGAGACGUUCUCCCUGGCCGUCAACCUGCUGGACCGCUUCCUCGCUGUAAUGAAGAUCCAGCCGAAGCACCUGUCAUGCGUGGGCCUGUCCUGUUUCUACAUCGCUGUGAAGACGUCAGAGGAGGGGAAGAAUGUCCCCGUGGCCAACGAGCUGAUCCGGAUCGGCCAGAACCGUUUCACUGUGUCUGACAUGAUGAGGAUGGAGAAGAUCAUUCUGCAGAAACUCUACUGGAAGGUCAAAGCCCCCACGGCCCUCUACUUCCUCAGGCUGUUCUACAGCCGGAUACAGGACACGCUUGAGGAUGACUGCAAGGAGAUCAUGAACGUUGAGAGACUAGAAGCACAGCUGAAAGCCUGCCAUUGCUCUUUCACUUUCUCCAAAGUCAAGCCCUCUCUGCUUGCCCUGUCCUUGUUGGCCUUGGAGCUUCAGGAGCAGCAUGACCAUGAGCACAUAGACAAGCUGCUCAACACCUUCCAGUGUCUACAGCAGCAACUCACUGUCCGAGAAGGAGACCUGGUUAUCGUGACAGAGUUGGUUAUGAAGUGUCUGAUUGAGUAUUCAACCACCAGGGUCUCCAGGCCCAACAGCCAGAGGCUUCGUUGGAUCCUCUCUGGCAGAACGCAACGCACGUUGAAACACAGCUACUACAAGAUCGCCCAUAUGCCCACAAUCCCCGAGUCCGCCUACUGAACUCUGGGGCUGGGUGACCACUGAUACAAAAGUAGGAGUACACCGAUACAAAAGGAGAAGUAGGUUACCACCCCUUUUUCAGUUUAAUGGGGGAGAAAAAAAUUGCCUAAAAGCCCCCCCAAAACUACUUCUUGUACUCUACUGUUGCUAGUGGUCACCUACCUCCAUCACUAAUCCAUUUCCCUUACAGAACUGCAUUAUGGAUGAUGCAGUUCUUUAAGGGGAACACCUGUAACAAACUUAUUUCCCCCUUUCUCCUGGUUUUUGUUCUCAUGGUACUUUUUGAAUAAGCUCACUAUUUAUUAGCCUACAUCUGCUUCAUUGACUAAGUGUGCAUCUGAAAUGGCACCCUAUUCCCUAUAUAGUGCACUACUUUUGUUAAGAGCUGAUUUUGUUCUUUAAGGGGAAUAGGGUGCCAUUGAGAAGGCACACUAAGGGAGUAAUGCCCGGUCAAGAGUGGGUUUAAUCCGCUGCCAUCUAGCGAAGGUUAAAUCCUUCCUGGUUGAAAUGCUUGCACGCGUGUAUACAGUAUGUUCUUAUCUGAAUCAGUACCAACAUGAAUACUCUGCAUAGUAUUCUAUCGUGGUUGCUGGUUUUAAGCAAUGAAGUAUAGAACCACCUAGGUCCUCAGUCCACUAUGUGGAAGAGGAGGGAGAAGGGUUUUGUGAAAAUGCAAAAACAAUGGAACCAAGAAAUCGGACCCAAAACCCUUAACUUCCACCCUAGGUUGAUGAACUGGCCUAAAAAUGCACACUCCUCUACCCAAGGUGAAUGUUUCCUUUUUUACUAUUGAUGAUUUUUUUUUUGUACUUGUGGAGGACGUUUGAGGUUUCCUCGGUGGUGAGGUUUCCUCGGUGGUGAGGUUUCCUCGGUGGUGAGGUUUCCUCGGUGGUGAGGUUUCCUCGGUGGUGAGGUGAUCCUGCACAUGCAUUGGUUUUUAGCUUGCAGGUUAGCAUGCUGAAACUGGCUGUGGAUGACAUGGUAUCCCACUAGGGUGCCAUUUUGGACACAACCACUAUCUUCUAAUGUAAUGUUAACUAUUACUAACAACGAUCACGAUUUACAUAAUGCGAUGUUGAAUUACCUUGAUUUGUGGCAAAAUCUUAGCCUUUCGAAAACAACCUUUUGAAAAAUGCCCUCUUAAGUCACUUAGGUAAGCACAGUAGAUAUAGGAAGUUAAGUUUGUGAUUUGCAUUUGCUAGACUAUUUGCAUUUGACCAUAGGCCCCACAAUUGAUCUGAAAAAUGAAGUUUGUUAAGAAUUUGAAGUUGAUGUUCUGGAAUUUGAAAACUUUUCCUUAAAAUUGGAAUUACAUUACCUGUUCAACCCAUGUGUUUACACCUUUCAAUAAAAUGAUAUUGAAAAGCU